AUGUCCCACAGGAGCCUGGAAUCGCAGAGGCCCUUUGUGCCAGAGUCCAUCCCGGUUUCACCAGGUGCUUAUGAAGGAGAAGAUUACUUUUGCAAAUUCACAUCUCGCGUCCAUCCCGGUGCCCACCUUGCCGAUUCAGGAAGCUGGCAGAGUCAGCUAGAUCUCCUAAGCUCCCAAGGUGAUGGCCACAGAGAAGCGGUCCGGAGUGGAAACAACAAGAGCUACGCUGUCGGGUAUAUAAAUCCCACUGUUGGCAAUCUUACAUCCCUGGGCGCAAGUGCGGCGAUUCCUGGCCGUCUUGCUCUGACUUCAUACAUUAUUGAAUAUGCAGUUGUGCAUGACGAUAGCGUUUGGACCCUACUUACGCUCACUAAGCCCGAUUAG